GUCUUCAGCAAAGAGUGCCAGAACGGCUCUUCAUGAAUAAUGUGAAAAAUUAAUCUAUACUGGAUCACAACGGUAAAUUAUUGAUGUUAAAACUGUACAUAAGGGAGGAUUUUAACUACGUCACGAAGUUACACAAUGGAUAAAACCUUGAGUGAGGGUUAGAUUAGAGAAGGGUGUAUUAUAAUCGCACACCUAUAGUACUGUAGUAUAUUUUUACAUACAAUUUAUUUUUAAUAUUCAUUUUGUUGAAUGCAAACAAAUGAAUUUGGGGGUUUCAUCUCUGUGAUGCAUUUUGCUAACAACAAACUGCAUUACGUGAUCUCAUUACGUAAACAUAGUUGAAAGUAACUAAUUUUAGUAAACAAAAUGCCUCAAUGUUAUGUCCAAACUUGUGGUAAUUACUACAGCAAAACAAGAAAUUUAAAAAGUACAGAUUCAAGUGUUAUGUAUCAUGUGUUUCCAUCAUCUCGGCAACAAGCACUCCUUUGGGCAUCGUUAGCACGUGGUGAAGAUGUUACAGAAUUACCAACAAAUGGUCGUAUUUGUAGUUGGCACUUUUCCGAUAAAAAUUAUCAAAGGGAUUUACAACAUGAGUUGUUAGGUUUACCGAAACGUAAAAAAUUAAUACAGAAUGCGGUUCCUGAUAGAUUGUUACCACCACGAAAUGGAGGAAACAAAUCAAAUUUUUAUAAGAAAAAUAGUGAAAAUUGUGUUAAACGUGCAAAUAAUAGGAAAACACGUAAAAAACAACCAAAUCCUCCGCAGCGAUCAUUUGAUGAGAUCAAAAUUAAAGAAGAGUUAUUGAAGGGACCUGAAGAUUUUGGUGCUAUAAGUGAUUUUUUAUCCAAUAGUUUAGAUAUUAUUAAUUAUAUAAAAACAGAACCAAAUCAAAGUGAUAGUGAUUUUCAAACAAGUACUCCUAAAAUAAAAACUGAAGAUAUUAAAAUAAAACAAGAAUUAAUCGAUAAUAGUGAUAAUAGUCAAAAUAAAAUUAAAAAGAAAUUAAUCGAGAAUAGUGUUCCUGAUCAAAAUAAAAUGAAAAAAGAAUCGAACGAUAUUAGUAGUGAUCCUGAACAAAAUUUACAGGAUGAUAAAAAACGGAAAAAUGGGAUCAAAGUGAAAUCUGAGUUGAAUAAAAAAAGUAUAUCAUAUCCAAUUAGAUCCAGUAUACGUAUUGCCAAAAAGAAAUCAUUAUUGGCUGAAAAUCAAACAAAAGACAUAGCGUUUACACCAAAAGAAAAAUCUGGACGGGACAGUUUUGCAUUUAAAAUUAAAUAUAUGGCUAAACUCCAUUUGGAAUAUAAUACAGGGGAGAAAAAAAUGCCAAACAGAAUGUUGGUAAUGGAGGACACUGAUGAUGUAAUAAGUAAUAAUCGAUCUAAUAGCAAUACUUCACUACCUGAAAAUAAAGAGAAUAAUACAGAAGAAAAAAAAGUUGAUGUUGAAGAAUCAAAGGAAAAUAUCAUUAAAAAUGAAAAUGAUCAAUCAGAAUCAAUAGCAAAUAAUGAAGAAGAGGCUGAAAAUCUUACAGUUUCCAAACCCGAGGAGGCUGUGACUCCAAAACAUGAACUAAUUGAAAUUGAUGAAGAAAUUGAAGAUAUCGAAAAAGAUAACGAUUCAAAAAGAUCACUUGAAGAACAAGAUGAAUCGUUAUCAAAAAAACCUAGACUGAAUGAAAAUUCCGACAAAAAUGAGGAAACAGAUUUUUCAAAAUGUGACACAUUAGAUGAAAUUGAUUCGUUCGAGUCGAAGUUAAUGUCAGAUAUAGAGUAUUUAGAUCAAUUAGCGAGGGUUAAAGAACGUGAGUGGAACAGUAUAAUACAUGCCAAGAAAAUUAAAGAGGAGCAAAUGUUACGUCUACAAAGGAAGAAACAAGUAGCGUUAUUAACUAGGGCGAAUCCAAAUAGUGAUGUUGAUUGGGAACUGGCUUUAGAUAUACAUAUAAAAAGCUUAAAUCAAAUUCAAAAUAAUAUUACUAGAAAUAAUUAUACCGAAAAUAAUAGAAUUCCAAUUGCAAUUACUAAUAAUGGUGGUGUGACAAUACAACCAAUUCCUUCGACUGCAAAUUCUAAAACAGUAAAAUUAUCUGAUGGGCGUUUUCAAAACAGAAAUAGCAAACAAUUAACAAAUGAAAGAAGUCUUUUAAGUCCAUUAAAUAAACAAAGAAGUAUUUUACCUAAACCACAAAAUAUGUUCGCCGAGUACUCAUCGAAUGGAUCAUUGAAAACUGGACCUAAAGGACAACCGAUUAAGGAUGUUAAUUUAAUUGUUGAAAAGUUUAGACAAUCAAAUCCAGAAGUUCCACGACGCGGUAAAAGAAUACGAACAGUACAGAAAAAUGAAGCAGAAGCAGUUUCGAGCACUAGUAAAAUGUUACCGUUGUUAUCAUUAAAUAAUAAAAAUAUUUCCUCGGGAAGUGUUCCAUUAAUGCCAAAUAAAGUCGAUGUGAAUAGUGAAUUGGGAAUGUUAUUAUCAUCAGGAUCCGAAAGUGCACGUGGUCGCGACUUACAUAAUGAUUCGUCACGAAGCUCAGACUCUUUACCGGAAGGUACUUCUGGGAAUGUAUCAUUCAAAGAUGUACUCGUGGAAUUUGCUCGAAUGUCACAGACUGAAAGGCGUGCUACUACUUCGGAACAAUCAAAUAAUAUCAGACAAAUGGAUUCGUAUAAUAUUGGUGGGAAAAAUAUGUCAUGUCCUGAAGUUACAUUACAUCCUGUAGUAAUAAAUGAUCGUGGUUCAACUUCUACUGUUUCAAAUAGCCAAUCCACGCUGACAUCCAAUUCUUUACUGCAUGGAAUAUUAACCAAGAAUAAACCAAAAUCAAGUGCUAAACCUUUCACCACAUUGUCGCCAACUUUAGCUAGACUUUUAACAGAUACGUCAUCUCAACCGAGUGAUGUUUCCAAUAUCAAUGACCUUCUUGCCAAUAGUCAAAAUCGUGGAAUAGCAACUUCCCCCGCUCGAUUUAAUGAAACAACAACAAUUCACUCUAUUGAUCCUGCUUCAAAUAUAAAUCGUGCUUCUACAAGUAUACCGUCAAAUAUUCAGUAUUCAGAAUCGUCAAGCGGAAUUGUAAAUUUAGAUGAUGGCGAAAAUGAAGAUAGCCUCGAUCGUUUAGUAAUUGAUGAAACAAAUGAUGGUUCUAGUUCAAAAGCUAAAACUGCUAAUGAUAGUAGCGGUGACAAUGGGCCAACACAGAUACCUCCGUGUCAAGGGUGUAAGAAAAAUUCGGCGCAGUUUGUUUGUGCUGGAUGUACAAGUCAGUGGUAUUGCAGUCGAGAAUGUCAGGUAUCAGAUUGGGAUCAACAUUGCGAAAUUUGUACCGGAUAAAUAAAAUUAUUUAAUUUAUAUGAAUGCCAUGUAUUUUAAGAAAUUUCGCCAUAUAAAAUGUAAUAUGUAUAUUAAAGAAACAGAAGAAUUUUUUGUUUACAC